CGUCCCGUGCCGACUGGUUUGCCUAACUCCCGGAGCGGGCGGGCGCGUACGUUGCAGGCCGAGAUGACGACGCUGAGCGAGGAGCUGCGGGCCGUCGCGCUGGAGGAGCUGCGGGAGGACGACGAGACGCGGGAGCACGCGCUGGCCGCCAUGCGGGAGUGGGUGGAGCAGAGCGCGUACAUCAUCCGCUGCCGGACAGAUGAUAACUUUUUCCUGCGUUUUCUGAGGGCCAAGAAAUUCUCCCUGCCACUUGCUCAAGAAGCCAUGACCCGUUAUUUGUUGCUGCGCCAGACCCUUCCCCCCUUCAGGAAGCUGGACUGUGAAAACCCAGUCGUGUCUGACCUCAUCGACAAGGGGUAUGUAUUCCCGUGUCCACGACGAGAUCAUAAGGGUCGGCGCAUUAUCGUUUACCGUCCUGGAGUGUUUGACCCUCACAAGCAGACCAAUGAGGAUAUGUGUCGAAUACAUGGAAUGGUUGUGGAAGCUUUACUGGAGAAUGAAGAGGACCAGAUUCGUGGUUUUGUGCACUUUGCGGAUGGUGCUGGUGUCACUCUCCCCUUCCUCACACUCUUCACACCUAAGGAAGCUGUACGCAUAGUAAAAAACGGGGAGCGCACUGUACCUAUGCGCCACAAAGAAGUUUAUGGCUUCAAUGUUCAUCCCUCUCUGAAAAUUGCUUUGGAAUUUGGAAUGUCCCUGAUCUCAGAAAAAAUCAAGAGCAGAGUUAAGGUUUUUACCUCCCUGGAAAACUGUUUGGAGCACAUUGACAAAACACUUCUUCCUAAGGAAUAUGGUGGAGAAAUGCCAAUGGCCGAGAUGAUUGCCUUAUGGAAAAAAGAAUUGCUGGCCUCCAGAGCAAAAAUUCUUGCACUUGAUGAAAUGGAAGUGAAUCUAGAAAUGUUUACUGAACAAGCCCGAGCUGGAGCUGUGUCUGCUCUUCGAACAGGAAUGCUGUGCUCACAGCCUGGUCAAAAUGAAGAUAUUAAGUCUCUGACAGGAAGUUUCAGAAAACUUGAAGUUGAUUAG